AUGGCCUCUCCCACAAUCAUCUCCUCACGAAAUUCAAAGUGGUCCUAUAUCUCCGUCUACACUAGGCUCCUGCUGAGUAUGAUUCUGCUGGUCGUGAUUGCCUUAGCAACCUUCAUCUUUAUUGUGUCGACUAGUCAACUCCGCGAGGCACUUAUAUUCGCCACAGCUGCUUUGUUGAUUGCGUUAAUAUUGCUCUUUGCGUCCUUGCUUCGAGAUGCUGGGUCUAUCAUCGAUGUAGAAGAUCAUGCAGGUAAUAACAGUGCAGAAUGUGGUAACUCUAUAGAGUUAUCAGGAAUUAUUAUUGAGCUUCCGGGAGACUCAACUAGUUUGGGGACCGGUGAUACAAGCGAUUAUGGUGCUAGGCUUUGGGGCUUGCACCUUGUGCGGUCAGGUGGGGAGUCGGUGAUUGAUCCUAUGGCUGGUCAGCUCCCAUAUAUCCCCCAGAUUGGGUCGAGGCUCAGUGGACUUAGUGAGUUUAGAGAUGGAAGUAGAAGCGUGACACCUAGAUUUCAGUCUAGACUGCGUGUGAUGAACGAGUGA